AUGCAAGAGCAUAUCGACACAAGAAGACUUGAUGAAGGCAUUCUUCAAGGAACUGAAGUUCCUGUUCAGCCUGCGGUAUUAAGCUUUGAAGACUAUCAAGAGAAGGUGGAAAUGACUGAGGAUAACUACUCCUUGACCACUGAGUUUAUCCUCAUAGGAUUUACAGAUCGACCAGAGUUGAAGAGCCUCCUGUUUGUGGUAUUUCUCAUUAUCUAUGUGAUCACUAUGGUGGGGAAUCUGGGCCUGGUAGCAUUGAUUUUUAUGGAGCAUCGUCUUCACACACCAAUGUACAUCUUUCUGGGCAACCUGGCUCUGAUGGAUUCCUGUUGUUCCUGUGCCAUUACCCCCAAAACGUUAGAGAACUUCUUUUCUAAGGACAGAAUGAUUUCCUUUCAUGAGUGCAUAGCACAAUUUUAUUUUCUCUGCCUUGCUGGAACUACAGAAUGCUUUCUCCUGGCAGCAAUGGCCUAUGAUCGCUAUGUGGCCAUAUGCAGCCCACUGCAGUACCACACUAUGAUGUCAAAGAAACUCUGUAUUCAGAUGACCACAGGGGCCUACAUAGCUGGAAACCUGCAUCCCAUAAUUCAUGUGGGGUUUUUCUUUAGGUUAACUUUCUGUGGUUCAAAUGAAAUUAAUCACUUUUUUUGUGAUGUUUUUCCAUUAUACAGACUUUCCUGUGUUGACCCUUAUAUCAAUGAAUUAAUGAUAUUUAUCUUGUCAGGUUCAGUUCAAGUCUUCACCAUCAGUAGUGUCUUAGUAUCUUACUUCUACAUUCUCUUUACUAUUUUCAAAAUGAAAUCCAAAGAGGGAAGAGGCAAAGCUUUAUCUACUUGUGCAUCCCACUUUCUCUCUGUCUCCAUAUUCUAUGGUUCUCUUCUCUUUGUAUAUAUUCGACCACAUUCAGUUAAAGAAGAUGAUGAAGAUAUACCUGGUGCUGUUUUUUAUACUCUAGUGAUCCCUUUAUUAAACCCUUUUAUUUAUAGUCUAAGAAAUAAGGAAGUAAUAAAUGCUGUGAAAAAAAUUAUAAAGAAAAUUUUCUAA